AUGUGCUUUGUGGAUUUGGAGAAGCGUAUGACCAGGUUCCCAAGGGAGAUACUGUGGGAGAUGCUGCGGGAGUAUGGGCAUUCACUGGAUCUGUUCGCGGCCGAGUGUGAAGCGGCUGGGAUGAAGAUCAGCACCUCCAAAUCUGAGGCCAUGUGCAAUUUUGUCACACCGAUUACUUUGACAGUAAUGACUCUGGAGCGCUAUGUUGCCAUCUGCAUGCCCCUGCGACAUGGGGAGCUGUGCUCCAUGCGCAACACUGUGCACUGCAUCCUCAUCAUUCUCGUCUUCAGCGCUGUACCCUGUAUUGUGGUACUCUCCAUCUUCCUUGCAUCAGCCCCCCCUUAUUUUUUUACUCAAGACAAGAUUUGCAGCAUGGAAUUAUUUGUCGUUUUCCAAUGGCAGGGUCACAUUAAAUUAGCAGUAUUUCAGUUCUACUUCUUAAUUAUGUCUGUAACCAUCUUUUCAUCCUACAUUGGUAUUGUGAAGGUGGUCAAAGCUGCAUCAGGAGAGAAUAAGAAGUCAAAAUGGAAAGGGCUCAGAACGGUCAUUCUUCAUGCUUUCCAGUUGCUUCUCUGUCUCAUCUAUCUGUGGUGCCCGUUCAUAGAAGCUGCAAUCCUCCCAAUUAAUUUAGUGUUAUACAUUAAUGUAAGGUACAAUAACUACAUAAUUUGUAUACUAUCACCAAGAUGUCUGAGUCCUCUCAUUUCUGGCCUAAGGGACACAAUUGUUUCUCAUGCAGUGAAAGGCUUUGCUUUCUUUGGCUUGUAUAAAAAAAGUUCUCAUUGUAAUUCGAACAUUGACUAA